UUAGCGUAUUUUCCCAUUUUCUUUCGAGGUCAAUCGCUUCGAACUGCAUUACAUGACGGAGGGGCGUUUUCUUUUCUUAUGAACAUCAGAUUGGGCUGGUCAUGACAUUGUCCAUUUCUUUAUUAGGGACCCAGCUAUAUACAUACCUAGACCGGGCCACGAGGCUUUACGAAUAUUGCAUAUUUUAUCUCAUCAUACCAUCUGAUGCUACUUUCUCGAGUGCAUAUUCGUCACUGCUCAAAAAUAGGAUGAAGACAAUCAGAGGCAACUCGACCAAUUUCUCCUGUAGAAACAGCUCUUAUCGACGAGGAAUUCGGCAAACAGUUUCAUCAUAUUCAUAUUCUCCCUCUUACUGUCACAAUACACUCGAGGCACCCUAUUAUGAGAAUCCAGGCAUGUAUACUGCCAGGACAACCCUGUCUCAAUUUACCAUACCACUUUUGAUAUCGCAAGAGACUCGUCAAGCUAGUCCGCAUAUCAGACAGCAGAGCCGGAGUAUUUUGAAAACGAUGUUGGAAAGAUUCGUGUGAGAGUGUUCGCAAAACUUGGACACAUUGCAAGACCUUACCUAUUUCCCUGUAGCUUUUGAUGAUGGAAAGUAGCAGUGGGUGGGAUUGUGGUCUGAUAGUCUGGUCACUGUGGUGUAUGAACAACAUCUGAUCAUGUGAUGGGAAAGAACCUGUACAAGUACAUUGUAUCGCGUGAGGGAAGAAGAGGGAAGAGUAAUGAAAAGAGUUCCGAAAGUGGAAUGGAGAUAUUUACGGCUGGAAGCAUAAGAAUGUGUGUUUGGAAGAAG